GACGCCUCCCCCGGCGAGCACGCAGUGCGACUGGGCCCGGGCGCGGCCUCCGCGUCGGACGAGGACCCGGCCUUCUUCGACACGGUGCACCGCGCCUUCUUCGCGCGCCUGCCCGCCCACGCCGCGGACGAGGGCGCGCCCGGGGCCUCGGCCGAGCCGCCUCGGCCGAGCUCUUCGCGCGGCU